AGUCGCGUCUGUUUCCAUUAAUAAGGAAAACCUGGAAUAUUUACGCGUUACUCUUCCAGCACCAGGUGCAUCAGACUUUGCAAAAACGUGGCAUUGUAGAAAGCAGCAAGAACGACUGGUAUGCGGGCCAUUAUGGCCUGACGAGUGCAUGAAUUAUUCAGUGGUGGCUGUGGCAUGCAGGGCCACCCGGGCAGGAUGUAUGUCUGGUGAAGGCGGAGUUUGUGGUUGCUGCUAAUACUAUACUGUGAUAUUGGGCAUGGGCAGAGCAGUGUGGAGGCACAUGGAGGACUGCGGCCCAUUCAUGCCAUUCAGCCCACGUCCAGAAGUGUGCCCGCGGCAUCACAGCCUUGAGGUUGUACGGAACGGCAUCGCCAUUGGCUGCCUCUGCUGUGACGUCGCUCCUUGUACACCUAAUGAAUGAAAUUAUGGCGAGGCUCGGUGGCUAGCCCGUCUGUAGCGCGACCGGACUGGGCAUCGGGCAAACUCUCUACAGCGAGUCUCAUUGUAAUUAUAUCAAGAUGUCUUAUGUUUGUGUGUAGUGAAUGCCCAUUUGCCAAGAUGAAUUUGCCACUAAAAUGGAUUAAAAACAGAAAAUACUAAGUACCAGGACGAAGAUGGUAGGAAGAGGGUGGUGGUUGCUGGUGUGGACACUGUGCGCUGCUUGGACGGUGUGCGUUGUGCAUGGAGGGUCAGUGUGCCAGCAGGGGCAGGAGUUUUACAACAGUCAGCAGGGGAAGUGUGUGCCAUGUACACGCUGUCAUGGUCCCCUGGUGGUUGCAGUGCCUUGUUAUGUGUACCAGGAUGCUGUUUGUGCUCCGGCGACUCACUUCAUCCCAACCUGGUCAAGGCACAACCGACCCCAAGCCCCCAUCACCCUCUCCACACCCACCACCCUGCAAAACCAAACAAAAGAGGAACGUGGUCAUGGAAAACGGAUUCCAAAGCUUUCCAGUGGUAGUCACAGUCCAUCAGAUAGCAAAAAGUCUGGUCAUCACGGGAGCACAACUAACAAAGACAGUAAUGCCACCUCACAUAAAAGUAACCACAAAAGGCAGAACAGUAGUUCGAUACUUAGCCAAAAUAACACGGAGAAAAGCAGAAGAGAAAACUUGAAUCACCACCACCGUCACAAACACAGUGGGGAAAGGAGUGACCACAGAUCACAUGAAAAAUCUAUGGUGGUGAUGAAAGGUGCCAGUGUUAGUCAGAGAAGUGGUGGUGCUAGUGAGGACGUAAGUGUUAGUGCUGUCAGCGUGUCAGUUAAUGGAGUUGACAGAAAGGGUAGUAGUGAUAGUGAGUCAUUGAGUGUGGACAUCAGUGAUGGUGCUAAUAGUGAUAAGGACAGAAACAGUGACAGUCAAGAGCUGGAGACAUUUGACUGGCAAAAAACUUUAUUUUUCACUACUAUCAUUGUUAUAAGCAUUAGUGUCAUUGUGCUCAGCGUUUUUAUAAUUAGUCAUUUAAGAAAUAUCUUCACACGGAGGAAACUAAAAAGAGUAGGUGAAACUAUGCCUGAAGAAAGUAGUGGUGAUGUAACGGUUAUGGCCACAGCUACUCAGAAAAUUCUACAACUACACCAAGAACUGCGGUUGUCCAGAAUCCGUAUGCCGCGACAGGUGCAAGAAUUGCUACAAGUACAGCCAUUGUUACAUCACCAAGUGCAGUUGUAACCAGUGGACCAUCAGUGCAGGACUCUGAGCGAAUGCCUGGCCAAGUGUACCCACCAAUUCCUUUCACAAUGGACAGGCUGCUGGAACAACGAAGAGUACUGGGUCCUGCUUCAUCAGUUGACACAAAUCUGUACAUUGAGAGUUGGCAGCAGCAGGAUAACCAGCCAGCCAUUCAGUUCCCAUCAUCUGCCAGCCCCUUGGUUAGCCACCGGAGUCCUCC